CUGAGCACAGAAACAAACUUGACUGUUUUGCAACACUCUGCAUACCCAGUCCAAAGAGAUCAGACUAAGGCAGAAGCAAACAGACCGGCACUAGGAAGAAUGACAUUGGGACAGACAGAUGCCAUAGCCCAAGAGAGACAGGUGACAACAGGAGAAUGGCCUGCGGCUGUCCUUCCACAAGAACCUUCCAUUACAACCCAGAAGUGCCUGCCAAACCAAGAUUCUGUUGCUGAAGCAGAUUCCAGUUCAGCUGAGAACCCCGAAGACACUGAGGACAAUGAAGAAUUCCUAGAGAAGCUCAUGUCCAUCACCUCAGACAGCUUACCUCAGCUGGAGAUAGAGGAGAAGUACAGCAUAGCCAAGGAACUAGGAAGUGGCUCCUAUGGACAUGUUCUGCAGGUUCAGCACUGUGAGAGAGGGACCAUAAUGGCUCUGAAGAUGAUGUCUAAGGAACGCACAGGGAGACGGGAGUUUCUGCGAGAAUACUGUAUCUCUCUCUGCCUUUCCUCACACCAUGCCCUUGUGCGAACCAUUGGCAGUGCUUUUGAGACGUCCACACAUUAUGGAUUUGCACAAGAGCUGGCACCAGCUGGGGAUCUCUGUACUAUUCUGAGUUCAGAGGAGGGCCUUCCUGAAGUGCAGGUGAAACGCUGUGCAGCCCAGUUGGCUGAAGCUCUGGAUUUCAUGCAUGGCAAAGCCUUAGUGCACAGGGACAUAAAGCUGGACAAUGUAUUGCUUUUUGACAGAGAGUGCCACCAUGUGAAACUGUCUGACUUUGGUCUGACGCGACUGGAAGGCACAAAAAUAGCAGCCAUGUCUGGCACCCUGCCUUAUUCCCCACCUGAACUGUGCCUGUUAGAAGGCACAGAGACUCUGUCUCUGGACUCCAGUCUGGACGUCUGGGCCUUUGGGGUGCUGCUGUUCUGCCUCUGCACUGGCUGCUUCCCUUGGGAUGUAGCAAUGAGCCCUGAUCCUCAGUUUGAGGAAUUUGGCAUCUGGCAGAACCGCACAGUGCCAGGGGAGGCUCCAGGCCUGUGGAAAACCUUCACAACUCACCUCUUGGAGAUGUUCCGCCGCUUAAUGACCAUUGACCCUGAUCGUCGCAGUCCUGCUAUUGAAGUGCACAAAUAUUUACGUCUGCCUUGGCGGGUGAACACAUGUGGUGGGACACAGAACCCCCCAGGUGUUGCUCUCAAAGGAGCAGAUUUUGAUGGCUUCCUCAGUGGCCCUACUGAGAACACUAUUGACCCGGACAGCAGCUCUAAGGGGAAUUGUAUUGGGCAAAUGCAACCAGAAGUGGUUGUCUCAGAGAAAACCCAUGCCAUACAAAUGGGUCCCAGUUCUGGAAGCAAUUGCAACCCACAGGAAGGCUCAAGGCUAGCUGAGUCUGGGCUCCAACCUUGAAGAAAGCCUUGAAUGAGUAAAUAACCCCCUUCUAUGAGCAGAUCAAAUGGAGCUUAAAGACCCAAGUUAAAAAGGGAGGACUUAGCAGUACUAUGAGGCUAAGGAGGAGCUUUCAGAACACUUGGUGAAGUAGUGCCACUUUCCCACUCUGUUAGUCAGGGCAGAGUAGAACUAGCCACUCAGUAGAGACAGCUCUGUGACCAGAGGUUGGUUAGUAGUGAUAUCAAUAUGACAACUUUAGAGAUAUCAAUCUUCACUUCUUUCAUUUUCACACAACCAAGAACAAAUAAUUUCAAGGUUGUUUCCCUACUGGGAAAGAUUACUUGAGUUUUUGAACAUUUUGUAUUUUUUAAAAAUAUUUCAAGACUUUUUUUUGGAAAAAAAAUCAUUUGCACAAAAACAGUGGAUUUUAAAAAUUUCUGUACUAAAAAAAAUAUCCUUCCUUAAAUUCUCACAGUGAUUGGCCACUUUCUCAGUAGAAUGGCCCGAGCUGGCAAGACACCCCUUUCUUUUAGUGGAUGACAAAAUGCACAAGUACACUUUACACAACAAUUUCCAUUUAAUUAUCUGAACAGCAACACCAUCCUAGAAGUUAUGAGUUGAUUCCAGACUAGUAUC